AUGUAUGAGGACCUGAUUGAAGCCCUCUGUGGUCUGGAGCCUCAGGUGUCUCCAGGUGGGGGUCGGAGGGGGCGUGGCCUGGAGGAGGACGAAGGGGCGGGGUCUAGUCUGAGUGUGGGACAGUUCGUCCUCUGUCAUUGGUCAGAUGGACUGUACUACCUGGGCAAGAUCCAGAGGGUGAGCCCCCCCAGGCAGAGCUGCUUCGUCACGUUUGAAGAUAACUCAAAGUUUUGGGUUCUCUGGAAGGACAUCCAACACGCUGGAGUGCCGGGGGAGGAGCCUCGCUGCUCUGUGUGUCGGGAGGCGGGGCCAAACUGUGACAGCCAAUUAAACCAAAGCAACCAGAUCCUGAUCUGUGGGAAGUGCGGCAUUGGUUUCCAUCAGCAGUGCCACGUUCCUCCUGUAGAGGGCAGCAGUGUGGUCAGCCCCUGGUUCUGCCGCCGCUGCGUCUUCGCCCUGGCUGUCCGGAAAGGGGGCGCUCUGAAGAAGGGGCCAAUCAGCAGAGCUCUGUCAGCCAUGAAGCAGGUGCUGUCCUAUCACCUGGACUCUCUGGACUGGGACUCUCAGCACCGGACCAAUCAGCAGCAGUGUUACUGCUACUGUGGCGGCCCUGGAGAGUGGUACCUGAAGAUGCUGCAGUGCUUCAGGUGCCAGCAGUGGUUCCAUGAAGCGUGCACUCAGUGUCUGCAGGAGUCUAUGAUGUUUGGAGACAGGUUCUACCUCUUCAUGUGCUCGGUCUGUAAUAAAGGCUCAGAGUAUGUCCGCAGACUGUCCCUGAGGUGGGUCGACGUGGUUCACCUGGUUCUCUACAACCUGUCAGUCAGCAGCAAGAAGAAAUACUUCGAGAUGGACGAGAUCCUGGCCUUCGUCUCCGCUAACUGGGACCAUCUGCAGCUAGGGAAGCUGUCUAACACGCCUCCAGCAGAAAGGCCUCAGCACCUGCUGGACGCUCUGAACAAAUACAAGAGCAAGUUUCUAUGUGGGAAGGAGAUAAAGAAGAGGAAGUGCAUCUUCCGUCUGAGGAAUCGAGUCCCUCCCAACCCCCCCAAUAAGCUCUUUCCGGAGCGCGCUCAGAGCGAUGGAGGGCGAGGUCUGAAGAAGGGUGUGGCCAGGAACAGUGCUUCAGCGGAGAGGAGGAAGAGGAAGUCCAAGUGGCUGCUAGAAGAUGCCAUUCCUAAUAGCGAGCUGUCCUGCAGUUGGACGUCUAACCAUCACAUGGCGAACAUCUUUGAUUUCACUCUGGACGAACUGCAGAGUCUGAAGAGUAGCUCCAGUAGAACAGUGAGUAUUGAUCAGGACUCCACUGAUGCGUCUACUUCAGGUUCUGCUUCUACCAGCGCCUCCUAUCACUUCAGGAGGAGGGUGGGCAGCAGGAAGAGGAAGUUGCCUAGCAACAGCUACAGCCAAUGGGCCAAUCACAGCGAGGCAGGGGAGGAGCCUGCUGGGAUCCUGGAGGACCAAGAAUCAUCAGACCCCUCCCACUUCCUGUCAGACCCCUCCCAGCUCCCCUCUGACUCCUCCCACCUCCACUCCUCCAUCUCCUCGUACUUCGGCGUGUCGGGCCGGCUGACCAAUGGGGAGAGGUACCAGGUGCUGGCUCGGCGAGUCACGGCUCAGGGGACGGUCCAGUACCUGCUGGAGUGGGAGGGGACGACGCCUUAUUAGGACGUCACGUGAUGCUUUGAUUCCUCUUCCUCACAUGAUUGGUCCCCUGUUACAUGUUUCCAUGACGACAGCUUUGUUUAUGUUGUUGUUUUUAAAUGUUUACAGUCCAAGACGGUUUUAUUUUAUUUGACUUUUCAACCUAUUUAGUCGUAAGUUGCCUAGCAACAACUUCUUUAAAAAAAAGGAGUCCCAAAUGGGUCGCACUCAAGUCCCUGAUCUGUUAGUGCUGAGCUUCAG